AAGAAUAAGAAUAAGAGGAAACACUCUUUUAAUAACAACACUUACAAUGGAUCUAACAAAAAGUUUAAGAGCAUUUGUUGGAAUUGUAACAAGUCGGGUCACUGUCGCGACUGCCGAGCAUGGAAGGAUAAAAAUAAAACGGGACAAAAUCGUUUGGGACAAGUGUCUAAGGACCAAGGUCCAUCCACUCAUCAAGGAUGAUGAAGUGGCAUGGUGGAUUGACUCGGGUGCAACAACACAUGUUUGCAAGGAUCGUGAAUGGUUCACUACAUAUGAGCAAGUUCAAGAUGGAUCUGUACUUCAUAUGGGAAACGAGUCAACUGCCCCUAUCCUAGGUCAUGGAAAAGUGGUGUUAGAGUUUAGUUCUGGAAAAACUCUUAUCUCAAAGAUGUACUUAAUGUACCUGGAAUUAGGAAAAACUUAGCCUCUGGUAGUGUUUUAAAUAAAUGUGGUUUUAAACAAGUGUAUGAAUCCGAUAAGUAUAUCUUAUAGAAGUGUGGUGUGUUUUUUGGAUUUGGAUAUUUCUAUAAUGAAAUGUUUAUGCUUAAUA